AUGUCAGACCCAGGGUCCCAGGCCCCCAGUCCCGGCUCUGUCGGCUCAGGGUCCCUCCCACCUGCCCGGCCAGCUGCGCAGCGCACCGCGGGCCGGCAGCGUGGGAACGCCCCAGCUGGGCGGCAUCCAUCCCCCAACCCCGGCAGGGUGCAGGUGUCCAACCCAGCCGGUACCCCCUCCUUCAACCCAGGUGUUCCAGCUCCCAGACUGAAAGGGCGCUGGGGUGUCCUCCCGCUGGGGGGACCCGGCCCUGCGUGCCCCCAUUCAUCCGCGUCUGGGCCCUGGGAGUUUCUCAGCGGGAAGAGGGCGGGUCUCCCAGAAGGCGGGCCUGGGCGGGGCGAGGGGGAUCAGACCCUCCAGGGUCUCUCCGAGACCGAGCGCGCGGAACUGGCCUGCGUUUCAGAGUCGCGGAGCCUGCGGCGGAGACAGGGGGUGCUUCUAGCCUGGAGCGAAGAGAUGCUGGUCCGCGCACUCCUUGUCCUCUUCUUCUGCCUCAGAGGGUGUGCAGGCCUGUCACCCCACUUCCUGCAACAGCCAGAAGACCUGGUAGUACUGCUCGGGGACGAGGCCCGUCUGCCCUGUGCCCUGGGCGCAUACUGGGGGCUGGUUCAGUGGACUAAGGAUGGGCUGGCUCUAGGGGGCGAAAGAGACCUGCCAGGGUGGUCCCGGUACUGGAUAUCAGGGAAUGCAGCCAGCGGCCAGCACGACCUCCACAUUAGGCCCAUAGAGCUAGAGGAUCAAGCAUCCUACGAAUGUCAAGCUACACAAGCAGGCCUCCGCUCUCGACGAGCCCAACUGCACGUGCUGGUCCCUCCAGAACCCCCCCAGGUGCUGGGUGGCCCCUCUGUGUCUCUGGUUGCUGGGGUUCCUGCGAAUGUGACCUGCCGGAGCCGUGGGGAUGCCCGCCCCGCCCCUGAGCUGCUGUGGUUCCGAGAUGGGGUCCGGAUAGAUGGGGCCACCUUCUGCCAGACCCUGUUGAAGGAAGGAACCACUGGGUCAGUGGAGAGCAUCUUAUCUUUGACCCCUUCCAGCCACGAUGAUGGAGCCAUCUUGGUUUGCCGGGCUCGGAGCCAGGCCCUGCCUGCGGGGAAGGACACAGCUAUCACACUGAGCCUGCAGUACCCCCCAGUGGUGACUCUGUCUGCAGAACCACAGACAGUGAAGGAGGGAGAGAAGGUCGCUUUCCUAUGCCAGGCCACAGCCCAACCUCCUGUCACUGGCUAUAGGUGGGCAAAGGGGGGCUUCCCUGUGCUUGGGGCCCGCGGGCCAAUGUUGGAGGUAGUGGCGGACGCUUCAUUCCUGACUGCGCCGGUGUCCUGCGAGGUCAGCAACGCAGUGGGUAGCGCCAACCGCAGCACAGCGCUGGAUGUGCGAUUUGGGCCGAUUCUGCAGGCAAAGCCGAAACCCUUAUCCGUGGACGUAGGGGAAGACGCCUCCUUCAGCUGUGUCUGGCGCGGGAAUCCGCUUCCACGGGUAACCUGGACCCGCCGCGGGGACGCGCAGGUGCUGGCCUCCGGGCCCACGCUACGUCUUCUCGCGGUGGGGCUGGAGGAUGCAGGCGACUACGUUUGCAGAGCUGGGCCGGGGCUCUCGGGCCUGCGGGGAGGCGCUGCGGAAGCUAGGUUGACUGUGAACGCUCCCCCAGUGGUGACCGCCCUGCACUCUGCGCCCGCCUUCCUGAGGGGCCCCGCCCGCCUCCAGUGUCUAGUCUUAGCCUCCCCCGCCCCAGAAGCCGUGGUCUGGUCUUGGGAUGAGGGCUUCCUGACGGCGGGGUCGAGGGGUCGGUUCCUGGUGGAGACAUUCCCAGCCCCAGAGGGCCGCGGGGGACAGGGUCCAGGCCUGAUCUCUGUGCUGCACAUUUCGGGGACCCAGGAGUCCGACUUUAGCCGGGGCUUCAACUGCACUGCCCGGAACCGGUUGGGCGAAGGAGGCACCCAGGUCAGCCUGGGACGUAGAGACUUGCUGCCCGCUGUGCGGAUUGUGGCUGGAGUGGCCGCUGUGGCCAUGACUCUCCUUAUGGUCAUCACUGGGGUUGCCCUCUGCUGCUGGCGCCACGGCAAGGCCUCAGCCUCUUUCUCCAAGCAAAAGAAUCUGGUGCAAAUCCCAGGGAGCAGCAACGGCUCCAGUUCGAGGGGUCCCGAGGAGGAGACAGGCAGCAGCAAGGACCAGGGCCCCAUCAUGCACACAGACCACAGUGACCUGGCUCUGGAUGAGGAGGGAGCUCUGGAGACCAAGGACCCAACCAAUGGUUACUACAAGGUCCGAGGAGUCAGUGUGAGCCUGAGCCUUGGAGAAGCCCCUGGAGGAGGUCUCUUCCUACCACCCUCCUCCCCUCUUGGACCUCCAGGGACCCCUACUUUCUAUGAUUUCAAAACACAUCUGGGCAUUGCUCCCCCCUGCAGAUUAUAUAGAGCCCAGGCAGGUUAUCUCACCACACCCCAUCCUCGAGCUUUUACCAGCUACAUCAAACCUACAUCCUUUGGACCCCCAGAUCUGGCCCCCAGCACUCCCCCCUUCCCAUAUGCUGCCUUCCCCACACCCAGCCACCCACGUCUCCAGACUCAUGUGUGACAUCUCUCCAACUGAAGAGUCCUGGGAUCUUCAACUUGCCAUAAUGGAUUGUCCUGAUUUCUGAGGAACCAGAACAAG